GAAAAACCCAAUUUAUUUGCAUGUCAUUGUGGUGAAGGUUUUUUAUCGCGAGCGUUAUUGAUUGAACACAAGAAGGUUCACGUGACCUCCAGAGAUUGUAUAUUUAGAUGUAGUAUUUGUCAGGCCAAAUUUCAUUCCCACAGAACUUACGACCAACAUCUUAUCAGCCAUUUUGGAUUAAAUCGCAGACUGUGUGCGUUUUGUGGACAAUCUUUAUCGUCAAAAAUUGAGUUUAAUAAACAUAUUCAAACAGUUCACGAAAAACCAAGCGGCCCUACACAAUAUUCUUGUAUCGUAUGUAAUGAAGGAUUCCAUCAUACAGCGAUGCUGGAAGAACAUCAGAAAUAUCAUAAUAAACAGAAGCCUUUUCGCUGUCCAAUUUGUUUUUCUCAGUUCCAGGAAUAUACCACCUAUACAGGUCAUUUGACCCAACACGUGGGCAAAAACACGAAAAUCUGUUUCAUGUGCGGAUAUCGUACCUCAACAUGCCGGACAUUAACUAUUCAUUUUAAGUCUCAU